CCAUAUCAAGUAUCAAUACAAAUUAGAAACCAUCACAUGUGCGGUGGUGUUAUUAUCUCUGAAAAUCAUGUGUUAAGUGCAGCAAGUUGUGUAUUGGCUGAAGAAAAUGUAGUGUAUGGAAAUAUUCAAGUACUUGCUGGAACACAUGACAUAACCGAUUACAGAAAUGGACUAAUUAAUCAAGUGUCACAUGUUAUAUAUCAUGAAUUAUAUAAUCCACGUAAUAAUUGGAUCAAUGAUAUAGCAAUUCUUAAAUUACAAUUACCAUUAAUUGUGAUGGGUGGUUGGCGUUCAGCAUAUGUAUCAUCAAUCGCUCCAAAAUCAACAUAUUGUCAUGUAACUGGCUGGGGUAAAGAUCCAAUAACUAAUAAUCUUUCAAGAUUUCUUCAAAGACUUAAAGUCAGAAUAAUUUCUUCAAGUUCUUGCACAAAAAAUCAUUAUAAAGAAACAAAUCUUUCCUCGAAACAACACUGUUUUUUUCCGAUUCCAACAUCAGCUGGAGUGUCACAGGGUAGUGGUGGUAGUCCUGUUAUGUACGGACGACAAAUUCUUGGAAUUAUUUCACUUGAUUCAUUGGAUGUCAAUCAACCAGCAAUAUUCACUCGUAUAUUUAGAUAUGUCAAUUGGAUUGAAAGAAUGAAACGAAAAAUUUAA